UAUGCAGAUUUUCGGGGUGUAGGAAGUUCCAGCGGAAAGUGCAUUACUAAAUGAUUGCUUAGCCCCGGAAGUUACGAGAUGUUGUUGAUGUUGCUAGGAUGAGGCGAUAAGCAUAAUGCAGCGGGCUUUCAAAUUAACCCAUGAGAUACCGUGUCAGAACAUCGAAACUGAAGGAUUGUAAUUACUCAUGACGCGAGGCAACACUGUUACACUGGCGCCAUCCAUAACGUAGCCGUGGUACACUACGGAUCUGCGUAUAAGUAGAUUGAAGGUUUCUCACUAUUUGCGAGCUCAGAUCUACGCACCACCUGUGGAAAAUGGUCUAUUAUAACACUGUGAGAAUUAUUCGAAGUCCACGACGAAGGAAUAAUGCGUAAAACGACACCAGUGUGUUCUUAUCAUGGUAAUUAAUAAAAACAAAUAUGAUUUAAAUUGUAAUUUAAGUCAGACCAGUUUUAAUAUAAUGACUUAGAUAAAUCUUUUGCCAAAACAAUAUCCCAAAUUUUUUUAUUUGGUUUUUAUUUACAGAUAUUUGUUUUCAGAUAUUUAUACAAGGUUGAACGCGAGCAAAAUAAAAAAGAUCGAUCGGAGCAUUGAGAUUGAUUUCUACCGUCCACUUUAUAAGCUACGUAACAUGCUACUGCAAAGAAACGAAACCCAGAAAACUAAAGCACUAUUGCAACAAGUCAGAAUGCAUGAGAUAAAUCAAAUAAGUCGUUUUUAGCUGACUAUAUAUAUAUUGUUACGAUGCGAUGUUAUCGCUUAUCGCUGUCGCGGCCGCAGCAGAACUGCUGAGUCAGGGGGGCGUACCUCUGGUGCUUGCUGCCGAUAUAAGCGGCAUCGCCGGCAAGCUUUGGGCUCUUUUGGUUCCGGCUGCCGAACAAUAAACGCUGCCAAAUAAACGUCGGUCUCCGGAUUCGUCGAUUCUCCCGGAGAAACGUAACAGCUGGUGGCAGCGGUGGGAUGGAUCGACGACGCCGGGUUCCAUGGGUGCUGUCGGUGAGUGCCUGAGGCUUCCUUUCCGUUCACCGAGCAGCUUAAGUGUUUAAGGCAGUUGGUUCUGUGGUGUCGCCAAACGGUUGAUACGGGCGCUGGGCAAAAGUAGCCAAACUUUUUUGGAAAUUUCUGAACAUGGAUCCGAUAAAUCUCGCGGCGAUUGUGAAGCCCGAUUUAAUGCUCUUAGCGGAAGAGCUGGGUGUUAAAGUGGUCAAGGCCAUGAGAAAGCCCGAGAUUAUCAAGGCCAUUGAAGAUUGUGGCGCGGGCGCCGACGAAAUUUCCGAGUGUUGGAGCGAGGUGCAGAAGAGACUAAGGGAAGCGGAACUUCACGCGGCUCAAGAAGGGCUUCGCGUUGCUCGAGAAAAACUUGAGCUAGAAAUGCUUCAACGUAACUUUGACGCUGGUGAGGCCAUUGUGGUGGAUAACAGCUCGAAAAAGUUUGACAUGCGAGCCCUUUUGCAACCUUUUCGCGUCGGCGGAGUUAUGGGUCUCUAUUUAGUAAAUUUCGAACGGGUUUGCGUUAAGAUGGGUCUUGUAGAGUCGAGCUGGCCUCAAAGGCUCUUGAGUUUACUGCCAGCGGAGGUGGCCGACGUUUUGGCCCGACUAGAUCCUACAGCAGCCGAUGACUACGCGUCCGUAAAGUCAUGCCUGCUUAGGAAGUUCAGGUUGUCGCCUGAAGCUUUUCGACAGAAAUUUCGAGAGACAAGGAAAGGACCGGACGAAAGUUGCGCGGAGUUCGCUUAUAAGCUUAAAGGCUUUCUGGAAAGUUGGCUCCGUGGUGUCAACUCUUACGAGGAUCGUGAAAAGGUGCUGGAGCAGAUAGCACUAGAGCAGUUUCUCUCCUGUAUUCCGAUAGGUCUAAAGGAGUGGAUUCAGGAUAGACCGGAAGUAGAAACGGUGCAAAAAGCUGCAGAUUACGCGGAUGAGUACUGCUCUAGGCACGGGAAGAAAGUUGUUGAAGAAAACCGUAGCUCAAACCGUUUCUACGAACGAUGCGGACCUCGCACGUUCGUGAAGAAAGGCGCCGAAAAGGGCAAAGAGAGUGAAGUACCGACAAAGGGAGUGUCUGAUUUAGACGAAAAGAAACGUAAAAUGAAGUCGUUCGAGGAGCGUAAACCAAUAGUGUGCUACAGGUGUAAACAGCCUGGUCAUGUCGCUUCUGGUUGCCGCGUCCCUAAAGUUGCUCCCGUUAACUUGUGUCUGGGAGAAGCGGAGGACUUACUCAGGCCGUAUCUGUACGACAUGAAAGUAAAUGGUAAAUUCUGCAAAGGUUUACGAGAUACCGGCGCCACGUAUGAUCUGGUACACUCUUCGCUAGUGGAGCAAGAACAUUUUACAGGCGACUGUGUGUGGAUCCGUCAGGCCUUGGAAAAUCGGGCAGUUAGACUGCCCGUCGCUAAGGUAAAACUAAACGGACCUUUCGGAGUAGUGGAAACGGAAGCAGCUGUUUCUGACGGAGUGCUUCCAAACUGUCCGUACAUACUGUCAAACAGAACUGCAAGGCAAUUGAGCGAGUCGGGUAUACCGCUUGACAUGAAUCCUGUUCUAGUCGUCACGCGCUCAAUGACAACUAGUGCAGUGCCGGAAACACUUCAGACGGAAGCGCGCGCGUCGACUGGUAAAACCAGCAGCGGGCCCGAUAAAGAGCCGAACGAAGGAGCUGACAUGACCACGCUGGUUUCGCCGGAGAGCAGCAAUUUUCGUGCGCUAGCCGGUGUAGAUAAGCUUACGCUUAUCGCCGAACAGUCAUCCGACCCGAGUCUUUCAAAGUGUCGUGAUAGCGUGGGAAAAGAUAUCAAGCCGAACAUCUCCUUCUUUAUGAGCAACGGCAUUCUUUACCGUAGUUUCAAGGACAAAUCGGGGAACGAGGUAGAUCAGAUUGUCGUUCCAUCCAAGUAUAGAAUUGCAUUACUCGAGCUUGCUCACGGAGAAGGGUGGUCGGGACACCUAGGAAUCACAAAGACCAAGUGCAGGCUUUUGGCAGAAUAUUAUUGGCCGGGCUGCUUUAAGGAGGCUGAGCAAUUCGUCCGUUCUUGCGACACCUGCCAAAGAACAGGACGACCAAACGAGCGCCGAAAGGCGCCUCUGACACUAGUGCCCAUAAUCACGGAACCUUUCAAAAGGCUAGUGAUAGACGUCGUAGGACCCCUACCUACAACUAAGACGGGUUUUAGGUACCUUCUAACGAUAUUAUGCCCAGCCAGCAAGUUCCCAGAAGCCGUUCCAAUGAAAGAGCAGACAUCGGUCGAAGUAGUAGAUAACUUGCUCUCGGUCUUUUCUCGGAUCGGGUUUCCUAGUGAAAUUCAAUGUGAUCUGGGUAGUGUUUUUACCAGUGCUCUAACAACCAGCUUUUUCGAGAGGUGUGGCAUUAAGAUUGUUCACAGUUCUGUAAGCCACCCGCAAAGUAACAGCGUAGAGAGAGCGCACUCGGUAAUGAAGCGCAUUCUCAGGGCCCUUUGUCACGAACAGAAAAAAGAGUGGGACUUGGCAUUGCCCGCUAUGCUUUUCGCGUUGCGAACCGUUGCUCACGAGUCAACUGGUUUCACGCCAGCGGAACUGGUCUAUGGACGCAAUUUGCGUUCACCUUUGCGGUUGCUGCGCGAGGGCUGGGAGGGUGAAGCCGAGAACCCAACAGUGGUGGAGUAUGUGCUUUCCUUACUAAACCGUCUCCACAAAACGCGUGAGCUAGUUGAGGCUAACCUGGGAAAAGCGCAGUCGCGAGGUAAAACCUACUAUGACAAAAACAGCCGCCUCCGAACGUUUAAGGUGGGUGACAAAGUCCUACUUUUGAGGUCUUCUAAGGCUCAUAAGUUGGAAUUGCAAUGGGAAGGACCAGCAACGGUCCAGCAGAGGCUAUCAGAGACAAAUUACGUGGUAAAACUGCCAGGUCGCAGAAAAGAGGUCCGCAUAUACCAUUGCAACCUUAUGAAGCCGUACGUGGAAAGGGUGCAAGUAGUCAGCAUUGCACUAAACCAACCAGAGGAAGUUCCUACACGAAUUCCUGAGCUGGGAAAAACCGACGGGAUCCUGACAAUCGCCGAAGUCGUAGAGGCCGCAGUCGAUAAGACGCUCACCCAAAACCAGUUUUCGGAUCUUACGGCAUUAAUUGGCAAAUACCAAAAAUUGUUUUCAACUAUUCCCGGAAGAACGAGUCUAGUCGAACAUGACAUCGAAGUGAGGACUCGGUCAAAUAUUCAGUGUAAGGCCUAUCGCUUUUCCCCCCGCCAAGAAAAGCUAUUAAAGGAGUCCGUAGAUCAAAUGCUAGAGCUAGGGUUGAUUGAGCGGUGCGAGAGCGACUUCGUGUCUCCUAUGAUUCUGGUAGAGACUCCAGGAAAAGAACCUCGUCCCUGUGUGGACUACCGAAAGUUAAACGCGGUAACGGUAACAAAAGUCUACCCAAUCCCUAAUAUCGAAACUUGCCUUGAGAAAGUAAGCAAAGCCAAGUUCAUCUCAACCAUCGACCUCGUUAGAGGUUACUGGCAAGUGCCACUUACCGCGAACGCCAGUAACCUUGCCGCCUUCAUGACCCCGUUUGGUGUUUUUAAGCCGCUUGUCCUGAGCUUUGGACUGAAAAACGCACCCUAUGCGUUUUCGAGACUGAUGAAUCUGGUACUGGUCGGAACCGAGUCUUUUGCGUUACCGUACCUAGACGACGUCGCUAUAUUUUCGGACACGUGGAGAGAGCACGUUCAGCACCUAGAACAGGUGUUCUCGCGCCUGCAAGACGCAGGACUUACAGUCAAGGCGAAAAAGUGUAAGUUUGGCCGAGGCGAAGUAUCGUAUCUCGGACACGUAGUCGGUCAAGGAAUGAGACGUCCACAAGAACUCAAGGUUCAGGCCAUUAAAGAGUUUCCCUUGCCACAAACAAAAAAAGAUUUGAUGUCCUUUAUCGGACUGGUGAAUUACUACCACCAGUACAUUCCCCAGUUCUCUGAAAAGGCGAGUCCCCUGACGGAUGCGCUCAAGAAAACUGAGCCCACUAAGAUCAAAUGGGACGAUCGCAAGAUAGAGGCGUUUGAGGCUCUUAAGUUAGCCUUGGCGACUCAGCCCGUAUUAGUCAGCCCUGACUACACAAGACCCUUCUUAGUGCAGUGCGACGCCAGCGAAAAAGGACUCGGCGUCGUUCUAAGCCAAGAAAAUGAAGGGGAAGAGCACCCCGUUUUGUUUGCCAGCAGGAAGCUAACUUCAAGGGAGCAAGCCUACAGUACCAUCGAAAAAGAAUGCGCUUGUCUCGUAUGGGCUGUAGAAAAGCUUCGCUGCUAUCUCUAUGGUUCGGAGUUUAUUUUAAUUACAGAUCAUAGACCGCUCACAUGGCUUCAGCAGCUGUCCCCCAAAAACGGUCGCUUGUUACGCUGGAGCUUGACCCUCCAGGAAUAUUCUUUCUUGGUUCGACAUAAAAAAGGAAAGCUUCAUGCGAACGCCGAUUGUCUGAGCCGAGCGCUCUAACCGGCGCACAGUGCAAUUUUCUGUUUCUUUUGUCUCAUCUGCACAUUUGUAAAUAGUUCCAUUCAAUUUCAUUCAUUAGCUGUCUAUUCCCGAAAGAUCGGGAACGAUAUUUUCAAAAAAUUCUGGCUGCGUUUGGGGCAUAUUUUGUAACCUAUUUCUUUUGAAUAAUUCGUGCUCUCGGUGAGUGGAAAGGGCGUUUCGGGUGCCUCCGCAGUUUCUGUGGUGCUUGGUUGUUGUUGGCCCUUCUCAUUCCCCUCAGAAGCACGACGGACCUCUGUUGUCAUCCCGACGUCCUGGCACCGACGGCACGUGACAGCCGCUGCUACUCCUGGGCCGCUGGCGACUUUGGCUCAUGGUCGCAAGGAUCGCCAUCACCGCUCCUUCCUGCUCCUCUCGGACCGCACAGUCGACGCUUCCGACCAGUCAAGGACACUGAAAACUGCAGUGACGGUGUUGGGCCGCGCGUCGACGCUUCCGGCCAGUUUCGCAGACGGUGUUGGGCCCUGCGUCUCCAGGACUUCCCGCCCUUCGGAUCAGCGCAAGCUGAACCUGUAUACGCUGUGAAGGUUUCUUCGAGCAACGACUGUGAAGUUCUGCGCAAGCAGCACUAGGAUUACGCCGUUCGUUUGUCUGUCGAACAUUCCCAAGGACGUGCUUGAAACCUGGAGAGUGGCGGGAAAAUUGUUUUAUGCGGUUUCGCCCUAAAAGGGGGAGGAGUUGUUACGAUGCGAUGUUAUCGCUUAUCGCUGUCGCGGCCGCAGCAGAACUGCUGAGUCAGGGGGGCGUACCUCUGGUGCUUGCUGCCGAUAUAAGCGGCAUCGCCGGCAAGCUUUGGGCUCUUUUGGUUCCGGCUGCCGAACAAUAAACGCUGCCAAAUAAACGUCGGUCUCCGGAUUCGUCGAUUCUCCCGGAGAAACGUAACAAUAUAUAUAAAGAUGUUUUUGUUCUAGCAUGGCGGGGACUUCACAAGUCAAACGUUGUCAAUUAAACAGCUAGUACUUUACAUUUACAAUAAUUCUUACUCCCGCAUUGUUUUCAGUAAUUGAAUGAAUUUAUUAUUUUUAUCUUCCUCUUUGUCAGCUACGCAACAUGGUACUGCAAGAACAUCAGGACACAAAGAAACGAAAACCUA